AUGUCAAUCUUUUCUUCCACACACUCAGGCGGCUUGAUUUUACCCAACACUCGCUUUUUGAUUUCACUCUGCAAUAUUUUCUUCGUUAUUACUCAGUUCACCGAUACUAUCUUUCUUGUGAUGAGCGCAUUGGGACCACCUGUGAGCAAAUUCGCUUACUCCAUUGAUUUAUCAGCAAUGUCCAUUUAUCAAUUACUAUAUGCUCACUGCUCUCUUAUGCUCAAUCAGCUCUACGCAGAAAGAUACCGCAUAUCUGGUUUUGUAUGGUUCACUUUAUGGUUAUCUGGAUGGAUGCUUUUGUGGGGCAUUGCUGCAUGUUCUAUCGUGAUUGCUUAUAAAGGAGGCGGAUUUGUCGCGAGAGUGUCAUCAAAUCCAGCAAUGUCCAAGCUAUUCAACACAUUUUUCAUUGCAGUCGCAAUCUUUGUCACUAUCACGCACAUAGUGACAUUCGUUUUGACCGUUGCAAAGCAGGUGGCCCUCGCUUCACAGAUCCAGAUUGUUCUCUCUCAGCCGUCAGGCUCAGCGACUUCUGAGACAGCCCCAACAUCGAUAGCUCAACGGAUCCAUUCCGCAAUGGAGCUCGCAUCAAUUAGGCUGCUGGUACCACUUGGAAUCAGUCUCAUAAGAAUGUUGCAAAAAGUAAAAAGUACAACCCAAAGCGAGAGAUCGGGAUCAUGUUUUCAAGUCAUCGAUUGGGAAUCAAGCACUCGCAAGGGGUCCAAGAGCAGUGAAAAAACAUUAACCUUAGAAGAAUCUAGUGAUGAUUUGUCACUAUUCAGCUUCGCUCCGUCCCUACAUUCUUCGCAACAAAACCUUCAAGAAAAAGCAGAAGCAUUAAAAAAAUUAGCUUAUGUUUCAAAAGGACUAUACGCUAUUGUCGGUCUUUGGUCUAGUUGGAUAUUCCUACGUCUAACACGUGAAAUCCAAUCAGGAGAGAAUCGAGAAAAGAGCAUCAAAAAAUCUUCUCUUACCCCUCAUGGUUCAUCACCUAGUUAUCGUUCGAAUAGGCCUUCUAUUCACACCAGACCAGGAUCAUCACCUACGCAUACUUUCAAGCAGCUAUCUUUGUUUCAAUUCCCUGGCAAGUCUGACCUUACACCACCAUGA